AUUUGAUCCAAGGAUUACGAUAAAUCACUAUAUAAAGACAUAAAUAUGCACCCCACCUUUCUUAUCAAACAUAAAAGUCAGCAAAACAAAGGCAUAUUCCUCCUCCCCCACAUAAGCUUUAGUUUCCUAAUAUUCAGAUUUAAGGAUCUCCAUGGCGAUCCACAAGAUCCUCUUUGCUUCACUUCUCGUUUGCUUACUGAUCCAAUCCAAUCAUGGGGCUACCAAAGAAAGGCUCUUCUCCGAACUGGAGAAAGGUGCAAUUGAGGUCACCGCUAUACCCAGCCGAGAUAAUGUCGUUUUGGAAGCCGGAGUUGACAAGGUGACCGUUACAUGGAAGGUAAGCUCGACAGCUACAAAGGAGCCUGAGUUUAAGACUAUUAAAGUAAAGCUAUGCUACGCUCCGGUCAGCCAAGUUGACCGACCAUGGCGUAAGACCCAUGAUGAGCUCUUCAAGGACAAGAGCUGCCCACAUAAGAUCAUUGCAAAGCCCUAUGACAGUACUGUCAAAACCGCUCAAACAAUUAACUACACUCUCGAGCGUGACAUCCCCACAGGAACCUACUUCGUUCGUGUAUACGCGGUUGAUGCCCUCAACCAUGAAGUUGCCUUUGGACAGAGCACGGACGAAGCCAAGAAAACCAAUCUCUUCAGCGUUCAGGCUAUCAGUGGCCGCCACAAGUCCUUAGAUAUUGCCUCCAUCUGCUUCAGCGUCUUCUCCGUCCUGGCUCUGCUCGUCUUCUUUGUUAACGAGAAGAGGAAGGCCAAGUUAGAGCAAAGCAAAUGAGUCGUUUACUUUGCGUAAUUGCGACGUUGAACAAAAAGCGUUGUUUUUGAACUUUCUUUUGUUUUAAUUGCUUUUGUUUUGUUGUUUACUUCUUCUUUCUUUUGUACUUUUUACUUACGUGUUUGUAUUAUUUUUAUAAGCCAUUCAUGUGGAACCAAAAACUAAUCCUACGGUGGUGAUGCGUUGCGUGCUUUUUAUAUGUUUUGCACUUUUUUGAUAUAGACUUUGUUUUCACAAAGAUAUUUGAAUGUUUUGUGGUAAUAAACUAAUAAUAUUCCAAAAAAAAAACUAAUAAUAUUCAAAGUUCCAUACG